AUGGCGAUGGCGAUGGGUAUGGCGAUGCCGGCGCCGAUCGCGGACGGGGAGUACACGGCCGUCAUCUACGGGCUGAUCCGGGGCCGCGCCCUUCGCCUCCAGGCUGCCACCCACUACGCUCAGGGCGAUCUCCCGGCAGCCAAGAGCCUGGUGGAGCAGGUGCUCACGGCUGCGGCUGAGGGGGCGGCAGGGGGCUCCGACGGGUCGUGGGAGGUGCCUGAGGCAGAGGUGAACCUGGGCUGCCUGCUGUACCGUGAGGGGCGGCAUGAGGAGGCCUGCAACAAGUUUGCAGGUGCCAUGCAGGUGCUGGGCUAUUCCCCAGAGCUGUCCUACAACAUGGCCCUGUGCUGCUAUGCCGCCAAGCAGUACGACCUUGCUGUGAAGCACAUCUCUGAGAUCAUUGAGCGAGGCAUGCGCCAGCACCCGCAGCUCAGCAUCGGCAUGACCACCGAGGGCAUCGACGUACGCAGCGUCGGCAACACCCUGCUCCUGCACCGCACUGCCCUGGUGGAGGCCUUCAACCUCAAGGCAGCCAUUGAGUACCAGUUGCGCCACCUGGAGGCAGCCCAGGAGGCGCUGACGGACAUGCCGCCGAGAGCCGAGAAGGAGCUGGACCCCGUUACACUGCACAACCAGGCGCUGAUGAACAUGGACAGCCGGCCCACCGAAGGGUUUGAGAAAUUGCAGUUCCUUCUGCAGCAGAACCCCUGCCCACCAGAGACCUUUGGAAAUCUGCUACUGCUGUACUGCAAGCACCAGUACUAUGACCUGGCUGCUGACGUGUUGGCAGAGAAUGCCCAUCUGACCUAUAAACUGCUCACGCCUUAUCUGUACAACUUCUUGGAUGCCAUGAUUACAUGUCAGACUGCCCCUGAGGAGGCCUUCCACAAGCUAGAUGAGCUGGCAGGGACACUGACCGAGCAGCUGAGAAAUCUGGCAAAACAGGGGCAGGAAGCUAGGCAAAACCGGGAUGCUGAAGCUAUCAACAAGUCAGUUAGCGAAUAUGAUGAGACUCUGGAAAAAUAUGUGCCUGUCUUGAUGGCUCAGGCCAAGAUCUACUGGGACAUGGAGAAUUACACAAUGGUGGAGAAGAUUUUCCGCAAGUCAGUCGAGUUCUGCAAUGAACAUGAAGUGUGGAAGCUGAAUGUGGCUCAUGUGCUCUUCAUGCAGGAAAACAAGUACAAAGAAGCCAUUGGCUUCUAUGAGCCCAUUGUAAAGAAGCACUAUGAUAACAUACUGCAAGUCAGUGCUAUUGUGCUAGCCAACCUUUGUGUCUCCUAUAUCAUGACAAGCCAAAAUGAAGAGGCAGAGGAACUGAUGAGGAAGAUUGAAAAGGAGGAGGAGCAGCUUUCCUAUGAUGACCCUGAUAAAAAGAUCUACCAUCUCUGCAUUGUCAACUUAGUCAUUGGAACGCUCUACUGUGCCAAAGGAAACUAUGACUUUGGCAUCUCAAGGGUAAUUAAAAGUUUAGAGCCUUAUAACAAAAAGUUAGGUACAGACACCUGGUAUUAUGCCAAAAGGUGCUUCCUGUCAUUGCUGGAGAACAUGUCUAAACAGAUGAUCAUGCUGCGUGACAACGUUAUUCAAGAGUGCGUCCAGUUUCUGGAGCAGUGUGAACUCUAUGGCAGGAACAUCCCAGCUGUUAUUGAGCAACCCCUUGAAGAAGAGAGGCUGCAUAGUGGGAAGAACACAGUUACAUACGAAGCCAGACACCUGAGGGCACUGAUGUAUGAGCUUACAGCAUUAUAGAGGCCUAAGAAGUCCUAUCUGGAAGGCUGCAGCCCUACUAUCAUGCUUAUUCUGAAGUGGGAGAAAAAUCACACUGAAAGUCAAUUUUUCUCCUCUUACUAAAUGCCUGUCCAAAAAAACUAAAGGGAUCUCCUACCUCUUGUGAUCUAUGUGCAGCCCAGUAGUCCACAUAUUGGCUGUUCUCUCCUUUGCAACACCUUUCCUUACAACAUGAUGCUAAACCUGAAAUUUCCUGAUUUAGAGUUCUAGAUUUGUAGUUUUAAUUCAUUCCCUUACCUUACAUAUCGUGCCCUUACACUGAGAUUUCAAGUUCAAGAACACUUCGUCAAAUUGGAAAACCUGGUUCUUAAGCAAUGGCUUAUCUGGGGGCAGAAAAAAGAGUUCUUUUUGAACAACUUGCCUGUGAAGGUAUUUUCAUUAUUUAUGUGCUGUUUAUGAAGAACCUGAAUGCAGUGAGAGCUGUAUUAACGUAUAGUACUCACCCCCCUCUCCCCCAUCCACUCUCUGUUACUGUACCUUUUGUUUUUAAGAGGGGCCAAAUGAGUUAUCCCCACGUAACCUGCAUCACUUCUAUAAGAUUAGCUGGAAUGAUGUGUGGAUCUUUGUUUAGUGUCAUCAAACAGGGCACUUGUAGGAGAUAUUACACAAGGAAAGCAAAUAUACCCAUUUACUGGGUAGAGGGAGAGGGGCACAUUUGCCAUUCAAGUGUUGCACCCAAGGACAGGUUAAGCAUAUUUUCUGAAAUGAUACUGAGCACAGUUUGGUCCCAUCUGCACUUGUAGUUAAACUAUUUUCAGCUCUGAUCUCAUCUGCACCCAUUGUCAACAAUAGACAAAUUUCCUAGUAUAGAUGGGAUAGAGAGUAACAUUUGGCACUGUGUCCUACAUGUGAGGAUUGCAUAGCUCAUUACAGGUCUGUGGAGGCAUCCAGGUUUCCCUGUUACACUCGUAUUAAAUAUUAUCCACUACUAUUUCCAUAUGAGGAGGAGAUGUAUGAUUUCAAAUCUUGUUCACCUUCAUGGAGCACAGCAGCAGGCAGUAAAGUAUGUUUCUAAUUUAUAGUGGAAUUGUAUUAUAUAUUAUGCAGUAUAAACAGCAUGACCUUUAAAAAGUUUUUAAAACUCACUCCACAUAAUAGAAAAUGAAGUACAGACUGUGGGCAACGACACAGGGAACAUCCGGGCUUUGUUUAAUAUUCAUUGCGCGUGUUCUGUAAAAGUCAGUGGACAUUUAAAAAAUUUCAAUUUGCAUAUUUGUGUCAGUGCAAAUGUUGAAUGCCUUCUGAGCAAUUUAAAACAGAACAAAGAAUGAUUUAGAGCUUUACUUGUGGCUGACUAUUUUAUGAUGUUUACAUGCUCUGUUUCCAUACCACCUAUAUCUAAUGUUCAGUAUUAUGCGACAAGCUGUACCAACCACGCGUAGAGUUUGUCCUUUCCCUCCUCCACAAAGAGAGACCUCAAGCCACUGGAGCAUAGAAGGGGGAUUACUGGCUCUGCUACAUGUUUCUCAUCCAGCUCAAAUUCAAAGGAAGCAUCUCUAUAGGGUCCAAAGUCCCCAAAGUAAGGAGGGUGCAAUCAGGAAGUGAAGAGGACAACCUCACACUGCUGGACAUUCUGCUCUAUUUUUCACCAAACUUGUAACCCAAACUCUUGAGCCUAUAUUGAGUAAAUUCCCCCUCUGUAAUGUGAGCUCAACCCAAAGGUGGGCAUGAGAGUAUGCACUGCUGACCCUGGUGAAUUUCAAGAUGGAUGAAGAGUCCAAUCUGUGCCCUGCACAUUUUUCCACAAAUAUGAUAGGUGGUACCUGGGUGGGGAGGGGGGGACAGCUGUUGGCCAGGAUGUUGUGCGCUUUCCUUCCUCCUCACUGUUUCUUGGCUGUCUGAGCAAGACGGUUCUCUUUGAUUUAUGGUCCAGCACUUCCCCAUUUUGUAAGGUUGAUGGGGAGGCCACCCUUCUUAAGGUAUGCUUUCAGGGUGUCCCUGUAACGCUUCCUCUGUCCUCUGUGGGUCCUCUUGCCAUGACUGAGUUGAGAGAAGAGGACUUGCUUCGGAAGAUGAGUGUCAGCCAUCCACACACAGUGGCCAGCCCACUGGAGUUGAUGUUUCAUGAUCUUUGCCUCAAUGCUGGUUGUUAGCUGCAGAGAGGAUGCUGGCACUGGUGCUGUGGUCUUCCCAUCUAAUGCAAAGGAUCUUCCUGAAGCAAUGCUGAUGGAACCAUUCUAGGCGCUUAAGAUGGCUUCAGUAUGUCAGCCACAUCUCACACCUGUGGAACAGCAUGUAGAUAACUACUGCAUUGUAGACCAAGAUCUUAUUUUUCCAUCUUCAGAUGGAUCUGGUAGCACCCUGGCUAAGAAUCACUUCACUAAAUUUGUGUAAAAUGGUAGAUACAUUAGAAUAUAUUGCUGCAUUAUAUUGUGCCAGCUGGGGAAGGUAAAGGUUUAUGCAGUAUGUUUGAAGCUUAUUCCUUUCUCCUAUGACAAAAGAAAAAAGUAACUGGAUAAUAUAUGAAGAGCUAAGUCUUUUAUGUUACUCUUCAUACAACAUCCCCGCUCACCUCCCUCCCCAAAAUAUCCUGAAUACUAAGGACUAACUCUGCAAAACACAGCAGUGGUGUAUCCGCUGCUUGCAAAAAGCCUGUCUUUAAUGGCAUCUCAACUGCAAAGCACUUUGCUCAUGAAACAUGUUCUAUAAAUGUUACAACCAGUUUUAUUACUAUCUUCAUAUGGCAUCUAGUGUUAGCAUUAUGUGACUUACAAAUAAAAAUUUUAAGGGAAGACAUGGACAUUUUUAUUUGGAGUGAGGGAGAAUACCAAAUAAUAGUUUAAGCUCCUUUAGAAAAGGAGUGAAAUCUGUCCAAAUUCCUGCCCUCUGCCAAAGUGCUUCUACUUAAGCCCAUAGUCAGAAUUGCUGUUUUCAUUAAAUGAGGCUACUACCCAGAAAGAGCAGAUCAUAUUCCUGGGGAGUCAUAGAAGGCAAACAUCUGGAGAUUAAAACUUUUUUUUUAAGCAAGAGCAUCUGUUUUUUGGGAUGGAGUGCAGAGAAGGAAAUUAGCUGCCCCCUUUCGUUACAUCAUUAUCUAAAAGUUCAGCAGCGUGAAAUCCCUCCCCCUGCUUUCCUUCACAUAACAUACAAAUCCACUGAUCCCAAACUCCUGUUGAGAUUUUAUUCAGAAUACUAGUCUUAUCUUCACAGCUAUUCCUCACAGCAAAUCUAAUGCAGUGUUCUUGUCUCAAACCUUGCAAAUAAAUGCCAUGUUUUUUCAU